AUGGCCACAGGGACGUGCCCCGCCGUGAUGGCCCCUGCCGGGGACAGACGGACGGACGAGCAGGAGGAAAAGAAGGAAGGCCAACUUUUAGAAAUCAUAGUCGAAGACAAUGAAGAUAUCAUCUUGCUGGUGCCACAUGAGGAGGAAAUUAAGAAAGCGCCUCCGGCCCCACCCAUUAUCCCACCGGUGAAGAAGCCCCCUGAUGAGGAGCAGCAAGCCACGCAGAUCCAGGCCUGGUGGCGGGGCACCCUGGUGCGCCGGACGCUGCUGCACGCCGCGCUCUGCGCCUCCGUCAUCCAGCGCUGGUGGCGGCGGGUGCUGCGGGAGCUGCCGUUGUUGAAGCAGAAGAGGCAGCUGCAGGCUUACACUCGGCAGAAGUGGGCAGCGGUCCGGCUGCAGUCCUGGUUCCGCAUGUGGCGCGUCCGCCUGCGCUACCUCCGCCUGCUGCAGGCCACCCGCAUCAUCCAGCUGUACUGGCGCUACCACAGCUGCCACACCAGCGGCCUCCUCCAGGGCAGGUACAAACUCACAGCAAACCAGCUGGGACUUGAUCUUGAGAUCUUUCUGGGGUCACAGAUUUGUCGGAUUACGGAAUGCAUCCCCUUCCCAAUAAAGCACUGA